AUGAUCACGCUGAUGAUAUUACCUAAGAUCAAUAUGCUGAUCGAUGAUCCCGGACAAUUGGUACAAGGUGUGAACAUCGUUACUCAAAAAGCAAAAGAGCUGGUGCCGCAAUUCCACAUCAGUGAAGCAGAUAUCCGCGGUACCGUGCAAAAAGUAACUACCACCGUUCCGGGCUUUUUAAGCAGCACCAUGAACCUGUUUACCAACCUGAUCCUGUGUUUCUUCCUGCUUUAUUUUAUGCUGGUAGAUGGUCGGCGCAUGGAGCGCCGUAUCCAGGAUAUGCUGCCCCUGAAAGAAGAGAAUGUAGACGAUAUCUGGCAGGCCACCCGCAAUAUGGUGGUAUCUAAUGCCAUCGGGAUCCCACUAUUGGCAAUGUCCCAGGCCUUUGUUGCUGCUAUUGGCUUUUACCUGUUUGGUGUCCCCGAAUUCCUGCUCUGGGCAGUACUUACCGGCGUGUUUUCCAUGAUACCCGUAGUGGGUACGGCAGUUAUCUGCGGGCCUGUUUGUGUGUACCUGCUGGCUACCGGCCAUGUGCCGCAAGGCCUUGGGCUGAUCGUUUAUUCGCUGGCCGUGAUCGGUAGUGUAGACAAUGUGCUUCGUUUCACCCUGCUGAAACGCCUGGGUGAUGUGCAUCCGAUUAUUACGGUACUGGGCAUUAUUGUCGGGAUACCCAUCUUUGGCUUUAUGGGUUUCAUCUUCGGACCGCUGCUCAUUUCCUACCUCUUGUUGCUGGUGAAGAUCUACCAUGUAGAAUUUUCGCCCCGCAGGCAGUCCUCACAUUCAAAUCCCAAUCCUUAA